AUGACCGCUAAGUCUAAGGCAGACAGAGAGAAUCGAACCGCAAGGCCUCUGUGGCAUCGUGCACUGGAGCGAUAUCGAGAUGAGCUCAAUCAAAACGAUGAUUACCAGUCUGUUAUGGAGACUACGUCUCUCGGUGACCUCCUGAAUUACACCAAAACUAUCGAGACGAGGAUGCCUCGGGAUCGAGGUGCCUCUAAUUCCUUGCAGCGCCUUGGUCCAACGCUCAAGUUCCUGGAUGAUUUCUCGGCCGUCAUUGCGGGUUGCUUCGGGGCCGACGCUAAAUUAACGGCCUUCGUAUGGGGUAGCAUACGGCUAAUGCUGGGUUUGGCAUCAUCCGCAGGUGACAGUCUGAAGGAAGUCCUCGAUAUGCUUGAAGAGUUGAGCCUCGCAUUACCAAGCCUCAGGACUCAUCAUACCAGUCUUGAUAUGGAUAGGGAGCUCGAAGCUGCACUCGUCGACGUUUACACUGAAGUCAUCUGCUUUUACGCACGAUGCAUUCAUUUCUUCCGGUCAUACCCCUCGGUGCUGAUGAGACGCGGCGCAUGGGAGGAAUGUCGUGACGAUUUCGCCCGCACACUUCGGCGGCUCCGACGGCUCUCUGCAACAGUCGAAAGGGAAGUAGAGUUCGCCCGCAUGAAAGACAACCGCCGCAAGUAUGAUGAAGUCAUGGGGUUAAUUGAGAAGUUCAAGGAGACCAGGGUGAAUGCGAAUGAGCCCAAGCGAUACCAUUAUAUCCCUUCUAUGCUGAGUCCCAGGUUCUGGGGCAGAGAAGAUGCUUUGCAUGCCCUUCAAGAGGCGCUGUCACCAGAUCAAAAUUCCCCUCUGCUGAAGACCUUUGCUCUCUACGGAAUGGGAGGCGUCGGCAAGACCCAGAUUGCUUUGCAAUAUGUCAAUCUUCGAGAAUCGUACAAGACCAUCCUUUGGGUCAGUGCUGAUAAUGUCAGCAAUAUGGGACAGAGUUUCCGUGAGAUUGCGAAACUUCUCGGCCUAGCACAAACCGAGCUGGAACUGCAGGACACGCAAGGCUGCAUAUUGAAGGUCAGGGACUGGCUCACUGAAGCCUCCGAUCCAUGGAUCCUGAUAUUUGACAAUGCAGACGACCUCAAAGUGUUACGGCACGCCUGGCCUACAUACGGCCAAGGAGCGGUGCUAGUAACGACGCGGGAUCCGAAUGUGGUGCACAGUCCUGCCUCAACAGGCUUUCGCGUUCAACCUUUCGACGCCGCAGAGGGUUCCGAAGUGCUGCUAAACUUAGUAGGCCUCGAUAGUACAUCAAAAUUGAACCGUGAAAAAGCGGUUGAGAUUAUGGACACUCUUGGGGGCCUACCUCUGGCUCUCACUCAGAUUGGAGGCUUCAUCGUGCAACGAAGGCUACCUCUCCGAGAUUUCCUUCCAUUGUACGAGCGCAACGCAUCCGAAAUUGACGCACGUAAAACCAGCAUAAGCGAUUACGAGCACACCCUGAGUACGGUAUGGGAAAAGUCUAUGAGGGAGCUAGAAGGAGACGCCCAAACCCUGUUCAACCUGCUACCAUACUUCCAACAGGAUGGCAUAGAUGAGAUGACUUUAUCGCAAGGCUCCAUUGGCCUCAAUGCGUCUGGUUAUGAAUUUCUUCAUGAUGAUAUGGACUUAGGCGACGCUGAAGAGGCUUUGCUCAGGACCGGUCUCAUGGACAAGAAUGCGGAGACCGCACUUCUGUCCACCCAUCGCCUUAUACACGCAGCAAUUAUUCGUAACCAGUCUCCGGAGACUCGAGAAGUAAUUUUUGACGUGGUUGUCCGUAUCCUCAGCUGGGGUUUUCCCGAUAGCUUGAGUCGGGAUGUCGGUCACCAAUUUCCGUCGUGGGCAAACUGCGAAAAAUACCUUCCGCAUGUCAAUCAUCUAGUAGCUCAUCGAAAGAGACAUAAGAUUGGGCUUGUGAAAUCCGAGAGAUAUGGUAAAUUACUUCUUCGACACAGUUGGUACCAAUUUGCACUGGGGUGUUAUGAUGUCGCCAAAUCCCUGAUCAUCGAGGCUCUGGAGACAUGUGAGAAUAAGACCACAUUGUCAUAUGCCAGUGCGGUCGAUUCCUCUGGUCUCAUCGAUCUCGGUCCGAUGAAGGGGCUCAUAGCAUUUGAAGAAGCUCUCACGAACAUAACGCUCGCGUAUACUGAAAUGUGGGAACAUGAUAAGACAUUCGCAGCACACAGUGAUAGGAUUGGUAACUCGUACAGCAACAUGACCAGCUUGCUGUUGAGAAUGAAGAGGCCCGACGAAGCGGAGGAAAUGCUCAAGCGAUGCCCCUCCCUCAAAGACUUCACGGAUGAGACGUUCAUCAAGACCGGAAACCCGCGUUUCUCGGGGGACAUGGUCCUGCUUUCUCGUAUACGAUUACAGCAAGGCAGACUUGACGAGGCUCUUAAAGUUGCUGAAAAUGCUUUAGAUUUCCGCAGGAAGCUGCUGGGAAACCGGCUGAAGACCUGCGAUUCGCUCUACGAUGUAGCAAGUCUUUUGCAUAUGCACGGGAACACCACUUCAGCAAUUGAGCUCCUCGGCCAACUGGUGGAUAUUGCGGGCUCGAUACCCGAAGGCAAGGGGCAGCUUGCCCGAGCUUAUUUCAAGCUCGCUGUUCUGCACCAGGAGAAGGGGAGGCAUAGCGAGAGUAAUACCUAUCGGGAGAUGGCCGAAAGUCUAAGGGCUGAGUUGAAGCCGGAAGCCGUGGGGGCUCCCUUCAACGAGGAAGAAUUCAUGAAACUCUGCGUGUGGAUGUUGUGGUAA